AUGACUAAUCCUAAAUCAUUACUAAUUCCUACUGAAUCAGAUUAUAUUGAUGCUCAUGGUGAUACAAAACCAGAAGAACAAUUUAGAGAAACAUGGAAUAAAUUAAGAUUGGAAAAAGAUGCCAAUGGAAAUUAUAAAUAUCCUUGGGAUUUUGAAGUUGUUCAAGGUUUUUUCAAACAAAGUGAUGAUUCAACAGAUGAUAGAGUAUUCAAUUAUGCUUUAGAUCAUAUGGGUAGAUUGAAAUCUUGGAAAGAGAUUGUUUCAGAUCUUGAAAAAUUAAAUUCUGAGGCUCCUGAUAACGUUGAAUAUAAAUUGUUAAUUUUAGCUAGACAUGGUGAAGGUUGGCAUAAUAGAGUAGUUAAUAAACAUGGAUUAGAAGCUUGGGAUAAUAAAUAUCAUGCGUUGACUACUGAUGGUGAAAUCACUUAUGCACCAGAUCCAGAAUUAACUGAUAUUGGUAUUAAACAAGCUCAAGAAAAUCGUGAUUUAUGGAAAAAGGAAAUUGAAUUAGGUGCUCCAAUACCAUCUAAAUUUUUUGUGUCUCCAUUACAAAGAUCAAGUAAUACAUUAGUUAUAACAUGGCAAGAUUUAAAACCAAAAGAUAAACAACCUAUAGUUGUUGAAAAAAUAAGAGAAACAAUUGGUAAAAAUUUAUGUGAUAAAAGAUCAAGUAAAACUAUUAUUGAUCAAAGAUUUGGGAAAUAUGGGUUUAAAACUGAUGGUAUAGUUGAAGAAGAUAUUUAUUUUGGUGAUGAAAGAGAAUCAAUGACUCAUCAAUCAAUGAGAAUUAAUGAAUUUUUACAAGAUUUAUUUGAAUCAGAUUGUAAAAAUGGUAAAGUUGAUAAAAAUUUAGCUAAAGAGAAUAUUGCUAUUAGUACAACUUCCCAUGCUGGUACAAUCAGAUGUUUUAUUAAUGUUUUAAAUCAUAGAAAAUUUACAAUUUCAACCGGAGGAAUGAUCCCUAUUGUUUGUAGAGGUACUAGAAGACAAUAA